AUGAAGCCUUAUUUAAUGACCAUUGUCAUCCUUCUGAUCCUGGUUCAUAAGACAUCAGGAAGCAUGAAGACAUUACCCAAACAACAGAAGACAGAGGAUUUUGGAAGUACGUGUGAGGGAGGUGAAGGAUUAUGCAGAAGGAAAUGCAGAGCAAAUGAAGCUGAAAUACACUACUGUGCAAAUGGCAAAAAGUGCUGUGUGAAAUCAUAUGCAACCAUUCUUUCUAAUGUAGUAGAGAAUAACAUUGACUGGUCAAAAUUUUGGAUCACCACUAGUCAACCUACUUACUGA